GAGAGGGCGACGUAGCGGGUCGACAGGAGGGUUCAGAACGACGUGGUGAGCGUGAGGAGGGGGGAGCUCGGCGAGAGGUGGAAGUUUGGAAUGGUUCAGUUGUAGCGGUACCGCGGCUCGGGUCGCACGCGUGUCUCCGUUUUCGCGUGCUUCGCGUGUCUUUGUUCGCGCGUGUAUUAAUUCUCUCUCUCUCUCUCUCUCUCUCUUGCUCGCUUCAUCGAGAUCUUCCCCUUCGUUCGGGUUCGCCGGCCGGUCCCUCUCGCGUGCACGAGACCGCCGCGUGACGUCUGACCAAGCACGAGGUUCUUCCACUCGCGCUGUGCGCGCCUCUUUCGCCGGUCCUCCUCGUUUCGAUCACGAGUUUGCUGGAGGAAUCGAUCGUCUUGUGGAUAGUUACGUUGUUGCGACACGGAAGAUCAAGGAAGCAGGAUCGAUCGUUCGACGACGGAUUAUUGGAGUAUAAUAGAGGCGCGGAUAAUAAGUCCAUCGAACACGUUAUCCUAGAUUUUCGAGGCAGGACAGCGGAAGGGAUAAUCCUGGAUCGGUUAUUGAUAAAAAAGACACGAGCUAAAAGGAAGAGGAAAUAGCUCGGUCGAAGAGCUAAUCUGGGAGAGAUUAUAAAUAAAUAUAAUCGAUCUGGCGACCGAUGGAACCCUCGUAAUCGUUGGACGGCUCGUGAAAUGACACCUGUGCGAGCGUAGCCGUUUAUACGGGAUCGACUGAUGAGCGCACCUCGAUCCCGAUGAUCAGGGAACGCGUGCAGAUCGAUCGUCACAUGAAAACGUGCGCACCGUGCGCGUGCCGGCUUCGCGAGAGUGCCGGCGCGCCGGUGCACGAGCGGGCAAACUGAAUUUAGCGUUAUGGUAACACGAAUCGAUCGUGGGAUACCCUCCACCCUCGACCAUCACGAUUUCCCGUAUCCGUGCAUGCACGUACAACGUACCGUGAAACCAGCGCGAAAAAGGCGAAGAGGUAAUUGAACUAUCGGCCCUUGAGUCUCCAACCGGGGGUUGGAAUUUCCAGCUAAAUUGCCAUUGGAAACUCUGUCAACUUUCCAACCGAGAUAAUAUCUUUUACAAGCGGACUCGAGCGGCCACGAAAUUUCUCGUGUACUCGCGAUUCACUGGACGAAGAUCCAUCGGAUCGAAGACGAGAAGGGAAAGGGGAUGGGAAUAUAUAUGGCGUGCACGACUGCACGUUUGCUUUGACCCGGGAAAAUCUUUGCGACGAGCACGUGUUAAUACGUCGCUCGGUUUCGAAGUGAUCAAUCAACCCGAAGAGUUCCUCUGCGGGGAACCGAGUACGUCGAUCAAAACGAGCUAUUAGUAGAUUAAUGUAUCUAUUCUAUUUAUGGUUAACGAGCGACCCUUAAUGUCGAUGAUUAGAAGGAUGAAUAGACAAGACGACGAUCGAGUAAAGUAGAUCAUAAUCAACUCUCUCGAAACUUGAAUUCUAUUCGAAUCUGUCCAAUUUCGAAAUACAAUCACUUUUCACGUGUCGCCGAGAGAUAUCGAAGAUGAAUGAUCCACUUUGGGAAGAUGCACGUAUGCGAUAGGAAAGAUUCCAAAUUGCAGGAUCGCGUUGGCCGGGUAUAAGAAUUCUCUCAGGUCGUUUACUCGCUGGGAAUCGUUAGCUGGAAUAAUCGGUAGGGAGGUCAGUGUUCGCUGCAUAAAUUUUUGCGCUCUCGCGGAAACCCUAUUGAGCCUAUAUAGGGCUUGGAAAGUUCACGAAGGUGUGAAAAGGAAGGAAAAACAGAGCGAGAAGAGGACUUGGUUUGUUUGCCUAGUCGAAACGAAGCCGGUGUAUUUGUAGCAGAACCGGAAGAUUUGCUUGGUAAUGCGAUGAAAGCCGACAUCGAUGGCCCUCGUAACGAGAAUAUAGCACGUUGUUCGCGCGUUGGAAACGUCGUGGAAUCCACAGGUCGAUAAAUUCGAGAUCAACGACUUCUGGAACUUUUUUCAAACUUGAAUCGUUCUCGAUAGAAAAAAUUGAUCGAGGGUGAAACAUAGAUGAAUCGUAUCUGAAAUUUAACGAAACUAGAAACUCAAAUGGUUCAAUUCUAUAACGGAAGGGACUCGAGAACAGUGCAGAAAGUGGAGAUAUUUUGCAUUCAGAAACAUUCCUUACGCGAAAUUAAUAAUGGACGUGACCAUUGAACAACGGAAGAGGAAGUAGUGAAUUUUAUCGUACUUUUGGAUUUGCUUCCGUGUAAAAAGAAUUUCCGCAUAAUUGGGAAGAAGGAGCGCGACGUCGAGAAAAUUUCCAUGAAAAAGGGGAAACGAUGGUGUUAAUCCUUCGCUGGAAAUCAGCACGGUUGAAAGCAAUUCCAGAAGAUAAACAAGUUUAUCGGGAAGCGGCGAAUCUAUUGUCGUUGAAGUUGAUCAAAAGCAGUUUAAUAGUUACGAUAUCUGCUUAACAGGGCAAACUUCGCUUGCAAAACACUUGAGUUGGGGAGAUUCAGUUGUGUGUAAGUUUUAUCUUCCGAUGAAAAACAAGGGGACGAUCUUUCGUGGUUUUACGAUCGAUUAAAACGAAGAUGGAAUAAAACAUUCGAUACCAAAGAAAGUGAUACGUGAAGCGCGAUAAUACAAGCUGGAAUAGAGACAAACAUGCAACAGACGUGCCUGAACGUGUUUUCUUAAGGGACUUUAAACAAAUUAUUUUACUUUGCGUUUACUUUGGAAACGUUCGAGAGGAAAGCUAUUACCAAACAAGUGCAAAAGGGAAUUUUCCCUGCUUCUCUAUACAGAAAGUUAUAACAUAAUCUCAUAUCAUUCAAUUGAUCCUAUUUUCUUUUCCUAUUCUCGAAUUCCAAACCACGAAUAUAAUAGAAAAAAAAUCGGUUAUAACAAAGCUGAGUCUGGUAUGAUUAUUACUUGGUUCUAACAUCAUCAGAUGAACUAAAAAAUACGAAAAAUAGACUUCGCGAAAGAAAUGUAUCUCACCCUGUUUCGUCGCUUGAAAUUAAUCCAGAGAAGCUUUUCGAAGCAAAUGUUGUCGGUUCGUUAAAAAAGAAGCAGAAGAAGUCGAGACGCGAAGGUGAGGGGAAGAUAAAAGAUCGAAGUUUGAUUGGAAACGAGCGAGCAAGGGAAAAUCGGGUGAACUGUUUCGCGAUUCGAAGUGAACGGUGCAUGUGGAACUGGAUAUACGGAUGUGCGUGUACGAGGGGCGUGUGAUCCAACGGCAAUGACGAGUAUCGGGCACGCGUUGUCAGGACCUUGUCUAGAUGAAAAGCUGGCCACGAUAGUGGGAACUGGAUUGUCGCGUGGCUAAGUAUGGGUAUGGUGUGGAAGUAGGUUUUCCUUUCUUCCGGCUUCUGGUGGAGAAGCGACGUACAAGUGGCUCCGGAAGAGGACGAUGAUGUCUAGACAAAGCAAAGACCCCGUGCAGAAGUGCCACUCGGACCCAGGUGCUGCAAGUACCGGCGGUACUCCUUGCAGCCCUGGUAAGCGAAUUUCUCGGAGACUAGUGCCUGGCAUUCCGAGCUCUUCCAACACGCGCAAGUGUGUUCUCACCUUGGACGGGUACAGCUAUGUGAUCGUUGCAUCUCCGCCGGAUCGAAGAGCCACAAGAGACGAUAUUGCAGUGUCCUCACCUGGUGCAUCCCCGAACGUUAAUGCAACUACGAGCUGCACUGGUACAACAUCGUCUCGAUUGCACAAUCCUUCCUCGCCAGGUCGAAAUGGCCAGCUAUCGAAACAAGGUACAUUAACGAUAGUACGCCGGAGUUCUGGCAAGAAUAAAAGCAUUGGCGGAAGUUUCGAAAGUUCUCCGCCCCCGCAUAGUCCUGACACUCUUUCGUCAAGUCAAUCCGUGGAUCUCGAUGAGAUCCUUGAUAAUGUCGAUCUAACGACAGAUUCGCUUCCUGCCGUUGACACCCCCGACGCUUGCGACAAAGCUGCUCUCAGAUUGAGAUGUUUACUGAGGCAGCUUCAACAUGGCGAAAUAUCAGCAGAAUUGCUUCAACGAAAUUUACACUACGCAGCACGUGUACUCGAAGCUGUCUUCCUCGAUGAAACCAAGGUGAAUUCAGGAGGGGUUGAGUGCUCUCGGUCAUCGCGUAGGGGUACGGGCCUGUCAUCUGCAUCCCUUGGGAGCGCCUUGGACUCGGAUGGACAACAGGGCCACGCGGUGGUAACCCAGAAACGGAAGCUUCGCACCCCCGUAUGGGCAAGAGAUGCCGAGCGUGUGGAGUCGACCGCUGUUUGCCGUCAGGGUAUAAGACGUAGGCGGCUGGCGGACGAGGAUGAUGAACUGUCGGAAGUACAACCGGACGCGGUGCCACCGGAAGUCCGCGAGUGGCUGGCUUCGACCUUUACCAGACAACUCGCGACUACGAGGCGGAAGGCAGACGAGAAGCCAAAGUUCCGCUCUGUCGCGCACGCUAUUAGGGCGGGGAUCUUUGUCGAUCGGAUUUACAGGCGGGUCACCAACACUGCGCUCAUGCAGUUUCCUCAGGAAGUGGUUAAAGUACUUAAGACUUUAGACGAUUGGUCCUUUGACGUAUUUUCACUGAAUGAAGCCGCAAUGGGAGCACCUGUGAAAUAUCUUGGUUAUGAUCUAUUGAAUCGGUAUGGAAUGAUCCACAAAUUCAAAGUUCCCGCCACAGUAUUGGAGUGCUUUUUGGGAAGAGUCGAGGAGGGAUACUGCAGGCAUAGAAAUCCGUAUCACAACAAUCUUCACGCAGCUGAUGUUGCACAGACUAUGCAUUAUAUUUUAUGUCAAACAGGACUUAUGAAUUGGCUGACCGACCUGGAGAUUUUCGCCACGCUGGUUGCGGCGAUUAUUCACGACUACGAGCACACUGGGACCACAAACAAUUUCCACGUAAUGUCCGGCAGCGAUACAGCCCUACUUUACAACGAUCGGGCCGUUCUCGAAAAUCACCACAUCUCCGCGAGUUUCCGAAUUAUGAGAGAGGACGAGUGCAAUAUAUUGCAAAAUCUAUCGAGGGAGGAAUUCCGUGAAUUUCGUUCACUGGUGAUCGAUAUGGUGCUCGCGACCGAUAUGAGCUUUCAUUUCCAACAAUUGAAGAACAUGAAAAAUAUUCUUAGCUUAGCAGAGCCUAGCGUAGACAAAAGCAAGGCUGUCAGUCUGGUUCUUCAUUGUUGCGACAUCUCGCAUCCGGCCAAAAGAUGGGACCUUCAUCAUAGAUGGACAAUGCAAUUGUUGGAAGAAUUUUUCCGCCAAGGGGAUAAGGAAAAGGCACUCGGAUUGCCAUUUUCCCCGCUGUGCGAUCGUAACAAUACCUUGGUGGCUGAAUCGCAAAUAGGAUUCAUCGAGUUUAUCGUUGAGCCCAGCAUGCAAGUGUGCAGCGAUAUGUUGGAGACAGUUCUCACACCGUUGAACGUAAAGGAGAGCGUGGACGAAUCGAAUAACGGAUCGGGCGAAAGCAGAAGGUUUAAGAUUGGGAAACCAUGGAUUCCAUGUCUUGCGGAGAACAAGAGCAUCUGGAAGGAGCAAGCCGUUCGAGACGCUGAAGCAAGGGCGCAGAAGGAACAAGAACAAAAGGCGAGCAGUGAUAACCGUGAGGAUGGUGAUACGGCACAGCCAGCAUCCGAGGAAUGAAAAAUUCGGCGAGCCAUUAUAUUUUUCAAAAACAUAUGUAAUUUUAGGCUACGAAGAAGCUCGUGAUCUUAUACAUCGGAUGAUAUCCAGUGACACGAGUAAAUGAAUCGCGAGCCGGGUAAAAUAGCGACCUCUACUGACGAUCGGGUAAACGCGCGAAAAUUCGAACGUACAAUUAGGAAAAAUAAUCCCACGAUUAUUUAUACCGUUUAUUUAUCACUAUAUUUCACUUUUUUUUAUCACUCGACCAAAUUAUUGAUGUCCUUUUUCUAUGUCGAUCUCUUUUCCAAUUCUUGGAAACAUCGUCUUGAUUUUUUCUCGCGACUUAACGUAGCCUCUGGCCGACACGUUCUAUUCUCACAUCUUGAGAAAUAUUCGUGAUUUGUAAAUAUGCUUCAAAAUUUUUCUUAUUCUACUCUAUUAUCGAGCAAUCGCAGAUUUUUCAUUAAGCUUUGAAUUAACGCCUUGAUAUUAAUGAUAAAUCAUAUGACUUAUUAUAAUUUUUAUUAUUUGAUUUAAAAUUUAAUAUUCUAGGAAUACGAUUCUAAUAAAUGAAAUCUUAGAAAAAUAUGACAAAAGAAAUAUCGAUUUUUUUUUGUAAUGGUUCUGAAUGAAAAAGUCUUCUCAUAAGAUGGGAUUAUCUAUUCUUCGUUUCUGUUCAAUGAAGAUAAAGAUUAAUGUUUAACUUUCAAUUGAUGAAAAAUUCAUUUGACUAAUAUGGGUCACAUAGUUGAAUUAUACAUAAUAUAUAAAAUGACAUGAUUCGUUAUUUUCUUGAUAUAAUUUGCGUAAUAUAUAACGAUUGCGACUUGUGUGAUAACCGAGUCAUAUCAAUUUUUAAUAAUCGAUACUCGAUUUUGAUUGUCCCAUCGAGCAUAACUCAGAUAUAUUUUGAUUGAAGAUAAAACAUAACGUACAUGAAAUGUUUUAUAUCAACAUAAUAAGAUACUAUUAAGAUACUGAAGUCUUAUCUUCUUUUUCUCUUGCAGAUUCAUUUCCUUUUCACAUUUCAUAACUAUAUAAAAAAAGAGAUAAAAUUCCACAAGAUUUGAACUAAAUAAAUUACAAUAAUAUUUUUUACUACUUUAUUUUUAUCAUUUUUUUAUUACUUUUAUCCUUAUAUAUUCAAAUAAAUCAAAUUUUAAUUAUUUAUUACUAAAAUAAAAAUACAGAACCAUUACAAAUCAAAUCAAAUAAAUACGAAUAUAUUAAAUAUAUUGGUUUAAUAAAACCAUAUUUUGAUAAUUAUGAACGAUAUAAAAUAAAAAAAAUUAAUACAAAAAUAAAAAUAAAAACAAUAUAUCAAAAAAAAAGGGAUAAUCGUCAAGGCGUUACUUUCUCAGCUUCUUAAUUUAAAUAUUACUAUCUAAACUAUCUAAAAUCUAGAAAUAGUUGGUCGAGUUUCCAUCAUAAACGUAGCCUAAAGUUACUAGCCGCGAUAGGUGGCGAGAAUCGAGCACACAUUAUAUAUUAUAAAAGAAAAAUGAAAUCGUAAACGUACUUAGUGCACAAUUGUCCAUACGCGAUUAAGUGCUAGCGAAUAUGAAAGGACGCUAACAUGUCGAAAGGAUUUCCAUAGCAAUUCCAUUACAAUUGGAAACGCUGUCUUUGUCCGUACCUGUUUUUUCUUACAAUUAGUGUGUAACUACGAGCAUACGUUUUUUCAUAGGAACGAAGACUUUCAUCUUUGAGAGAAGAGAGAAAGAAAAAAAAUAAGUAAAAUAAAAAUUGAAUUCGAUCGUAUAACGAGCCACGCGAAAUAACAAUUACUCAUCAUUCUCAUUUUCUUAUAGAAAUUCUCGAAAUUUAUAAUUUAUUAUAUUUUUUUAAGAAAGAUUUAAUUCAAUCUGUUACUUAUAAAUAACUCUAUGUUUACAGUAAAUAAAAUUAUCAUUCUCAUUUUUUUAACGGAAAUUUUUAAUUUCUUAUAUAUCUUUUAUAUAUAAUUUCUAUUAUAUCUUUUUAAAAGAAUAAUCAUAGAUUCUGACUUAUUUUAAAGUUAUACUUACAACAAGUUUAUAAUCGCUAAUGUUUUGCUCACAAUAUUAGGGUAUUCGAAAAAUUAUUUUAAUUAUUUACAAAAUAAUUAUCAAAUAAAAAUAUAAAUAAAAUAUUAAUACAUCGCUUGAAAGCCUUUUCUAUAGUUAAUUAAUAUAGCACACGUAUCACCAUUUGAUGAAAUAAAAUCUUAAAAUAUGUAAUAUUUUCACCCUAAUAUUUGAUCAAAACAUUUUUCUCAAAGCUUUAUCAAGAAAAUUGAUCGAAUCAUUAGCACGUAGAAUCGAUAGAUGCAGCUGGCCGUCGCACAAGUGUCGAAUUCGAGGCGAGGCUUCCACGAAAAGAGCGUAAUGUUCUUCUCGUUGAAACAUCGUGAAAUUGAAAGUCUUCGCGCUAUAUCAUUUUUAAAUGCCCUCGCGCAAUUCGGGUUCCCGCGAAACUUACACUUGCUUUCUCGAAACUUCGACCGAGUGGCACGAAAAAAGUUGCUUCUUUUCCGACAAAAUCCGAUUUCUCUGGUUCGACUCGUGAGAUUCGCUUCAAAGUAUUCCCAUAUAAAGGAAAAUUUGAGAUUCCUUACAAAAUUAUUUCGAAUUUCGUUUCAAAUUAAAAAUGGAUCGCUGCUUUUUUGAUUCGAUUUUUGAAAAAACAUUUCUUUUUGUAGCUGUUUAAGUUACAUUUCCCGACAAAUUCAAGAAAAAAUUAAAUAGAUGCCAUUCAAUUAUUACGUUUAAGAAUAAGAGAUGGACAACAGUGGAGAUUUUUUUAUUCUUGAAAUUGUUUAAAAUUCAGAUGCUUUUGAGAAAAUUAAUAUUUACUUUUAUUAAAAUUAUUUGUUUUAAAUAGUGACAUAUUUAAUAAUUUUUUAUUAUAUCUUUCUUCAUUUUUAAAUACAACUCUCAACGACGCUCUAUUGUAAAUUAAAUUUUGAGAUUUUAUUAAACGAAUCUCGUUUCAUAAUUUAUAAUAAAUGCUUUAAGAAGCUUCUUUAUAUCUUAUAAUCUUCGCUUUGGUCUCUUUUGGUUUCAUUUAAUUACAGACAAGUAGAUUAUUCAUGAAAGAUUUAUUUGAAAGAAAAUGAAUCCUAACAGAAUUUCGGAAAAUUAUAUUAAUAUCAUUACAGCUAUAAAAUUAUAUCAUAAUUUCUUUUCAUAACCGAUAAUUUUUAAGAGAACGUUAUCAAAAUUAAACAUGAUUAAGAAAUGUUCUAUCUGAUGAAUCAAUAUAAAAGCUAUUUAAAAUAUUGUAGUAAUAGAAGAACGAGUUCGAAGAAAGGAAGUAAAAAUCGAAUCAACGAACAAAAAAGCAGACGAGUAUCGAAUCGAGAAGAAUCGGACCCUAGCUGUCUGAAUUAGAUCCACAGGGAUAUAACGUCGUUGUACAUAUUUUAGAUGUGUAUUCGUAUACACAAGGUGCAGCUUUAAUGUAUGUAAAUGUAAUGUAAAAGAAAUAUCAUUAGCGUUUACUUAACGUGUGUGCUACGUUUGUGUACAUGUAUAUAUAUUUACGUAUAAAAAUAGUAUGGGGACAGAAUAGAUGCGUGCCUGUGCAAUUCAGGCAAAGAAACAUCGCGAGAAAAUGAAAAUAGCGAACGUAUAGAUAUAAUUUGAACGUUCGAUCGAACAUAUCGAGGAAUCGUUUUAUCCGAUCGAUUGAACAAUGAGUCCAAAAUCGAAUGUUAAUUUUACGGAAAAUCGAGACUCGUUACGUUUGUCGAGAAGGAUAAAAGUGUAAAGUGUCGUAAAUUUGGCGUGCUCGAAACGCUAUCUAUUUGUAAGAAAUAUAAAGGAUAUAUAGGAUAAAAUCUCUAGCUCGAAGGUUAAACAUAUCCGUCCUGUAUUUAUUUUAUUUCUCUCCUUCGCGUACGUGUCGUGUUUUAAUUACACAUUAUUCGAUAUGCUCCUCGAUAUGGAUGAGAAAUUAUAUUUAAAUUAGGCUUUGUUAUAUUUUAUUUAAACUAAAAACAAAACGAAAAAAGAAUUUUAAUUAAGGAUUAUCAUUCAAUUAUGAUUCAAUUAUAUUUAUUUUAGCAAUGAUAUAAGAUCGAUUAUGAUCGAUUAAAUUAUUUUAAUUUUUUAUUUAAAUCAAUUUCAAAUUUAUUUUUUUUUAUUGAUAAAAUUAUCCUCGUAUAGAAUAUAGAUUCAAUAUUGAGAAAUAUUAUAUUACAAAAAAACAUUUCUAUGUGAUGCAAAUACUACAUUAAUCAAAAUUUAUAUACAUUAUAAUUAAAAUUUCUGUUUGAUAAAUUGUUUCAAUUUUUAGUCAAAUACAAAAUAAUUUCAAAUAAAAUAAAUAAUUAUUUUAUUUUGAAUUGAAAACUAUAUAUAUAUAUAUAUAUAUAUAUAUAUAUAUAUAUAUAUAUAUAUACUCAAAUAAAACGACAUAUUAUAAUAGUUAUUGUUUAUAUAUAAAUUAUAAUAUAAAUAAAUAUCCUUUAAAACUUCGAUUUAAUUUUUAAUCGAAGUCUUUUUUUGAAAUAAAUCAAAAAAAAAAUCAAAAUCUCAUCCAUACGAUUAAAUCUAUUUCUUAUUAAAACAAACAAAAGAUCAAAGUAUCGUAAUCUAUUCUAACGUUCCAAAAACACGACCCGUACGUUGUUUAAGUGCGAGUAAGUUAACUGUACAUACGAAAAAAAAGAAAAAAAAAAGAAAGAAAGAAAAUUGUGGGCGAGAUUACUUGCCUGUUCGCAAUCAGAUGAGCAUUCGCGCGUUUUCGUUAGGGCGAUUUCUCAAGUAAGACUGUGCACAAAGUUCGAAUUCGUUGCUGAUCGUUUCGAAAGCCAAGCACGCUCGCGCGAUUUCGAUGUGUUGCACGCUCGUAUUCGUCGUGACGUCAACGCGACCACGCACUUGCCAUUUUUGCAUUACGUGCCAAGCACGAAUUUGUUUUCCUUCCUGCAGCGGACGAGGGGCCAAAACGCGUGAUAGAAUUUAAAGAAAAAGAAAAAUGAUAAAAAAAAAAAGACAAACACAUUUGGAAUCAAACUCGUACCAAAAGAAUACUUCAAUAGGAAACGCGCGAGCGAAGAUGUCAUCUAGAAUACGCGUCUUGAACUAGACGCUUUCGAUUUUCGAUAUUUAUGUUAAUAUUAGGAAAAAAUAUGAUCGAAUUAAAAUGUGAAAAAUUAGAUGCAUAAUUUGAGGUAUUAAGAAUAUUGGAUGCAGAAAUUAUAUCGAAGAUUUUAAUUUUUGUUUCCUUUAAACAAUGAAAAGAGUCAUUAAUUAUAUACUUUGAAUAUUAAUAACAAACUUUUAAUUAAAUUUAAAUUGAACUUAAUGAAGAUUAUAGUAUUUAUAUUAUUUAUUAACGAUUACAUAGAUAUUUUUACUUUCAAUCAUAUUUUGAUUGAAUUUUUUUUAAUUUAAUUUUUUUUUAAAUAAUUUCACUUAAUUCAUCACUUUCUUCUAUUACUAUUCCUUUACUCUACUUCAUAAUUUAUAUUUCUCCUAAUUCGAAUUUAUCAAUUUCAGAUUAACUUUUAUUUCACAUGAUCCAUUUUAUUUCCAGAUGAAAACACCUACAUACAUUCAGAUAGUCAUUAAAUUAUAGUUACGUGUAGAGAAUCAUUCCAUUUCAUCCUUGAGCUAUUAACAUUGUGCACAUUUCUGCAUCCAAUUUCUCGAAUUCCUAAUUCAAACGAUUCCUCAUUGUCAUUAUUUCACGCGUCUUCGCUCGCGUCAUUCAUUCUCACUUUAAUCGUCUAGAACUCUUUUCGAACAAUUACUGGCCUUUCCUAGUAGAACAAAUAAAAAGAUACGUAUCAAGACCGCUUUACCAAUUAAAUAGACGGAGUAAGAAUUACGUAAUGCGCUCUUGAUAAGUAUAACCUAUUGUAACGCUUCGCUCUAGGUGUACCUAAUGAAUAAAAAAAUGAAAAGAAGUAUAAAUAAUAAAAAAGAAAUAUUAAAUAUUAUAUAUUGUAUAAUGGAAAAGACCGUGGCUCGUGCAUAGAAGGUCGCGAGAGAAGAAUCGAUAUUUCACGACAGAGAGGCUUCGAACAAUAUUCGACCAAUAAUCAUAAUUCGUAAGAUAAGCUAAUUCAAAGAUAGACAUACACACGUGAACACAUACUCAUAUACGUACGUACAUAUGGAUGUGCGCAUAAAAGAGCACUUCUCGAGCCACGAAGCGUACAAAUGUUCGAUUUCUGUUGAUUUUCGUAUGAAAGUAUAAUACGAUCAUCGAUGGUACGAUAAUAUUCAUCGAUUGAAUACAUUAUCAUUAUGGGAAACGAUGGGAAUCGAACAAACAUUGUACGUUUUUUCUUUUAUCCACAAUUUUUUCGUUCGUCGUUCCUUCGUUCUACGUUCGGUUUAAUCGGCACAAUUAACCACAAGAGAUGUGUACAUAAUCGAUAAAAAGAACAACCACUCAGCACCGUAUCCGUUUGAUGUGAUGUAAUUAAAUAAUUAUGACGUAUAAGAGAAACAAAGAAAAAUGAUAAGGGAAAAUAUAUAUUAAUAUAAAUACAAAAUAUAAAAUAUAAAUACACCUCGUGUAUAAUUAGUAUUGUAUUCUGCAUAAAUUUACCGAGAAAUAAAAAAUACUCGAUUACU